AUGUCGCAAAUAUUGGCGCCCUUCCAAUUAUUGGAACUAAAUGUUAUAUCUGCACAAGAUUUGGCUUCUCUUGGAAGAAACAUGAGAACCUACGCGGUUGCAUGGGUUCAUCCUGAUAGAAAACUUUCCACGCGUGUGGACACACAAGGCCACACGAAUCCAACAUGGAACGACAAAUUCGUUUUCCGUGUGGAUGAAGAGUUUCUAUACAGCGACACGUCGGCAAUCAUGGUUGAAGUUUACGCUCUACAUUGGUUCAAAGAUAUCCACGUUGGCACUGUCCGUGUCCUCGUUGGAAACCUAAUUCCUCCACCAACUAGACCUUUCCACAACGACCGUGCUCCUAUGGGAAUGCGAUUCGUUGCUCUUCAGGUUCGUCGUCCUUCCGGUAGACCACAGGGAAUUCUCAACAUUGGUGUAACCGUUCUCGAUAGUUCCAUGCGGAGUAUGCCGCUUUAUACGCUAAAUGCCUCUGCCGUUGGUUACCGGCAUUUGAUGGGAGAAAAAGAUGCUUAUGAUAGCCAUAACCAUCUUAGUCCUCAUGUCAUUGCCGCUGGUGGGGGUGGUAAACCUGAACUCCGGAGAACGAAAAGUGAUACGAGCUCUCUUAUUGCUUCUGAGGCGGUUUUGCGACAACAACGUGCUGAAAUUUAUAAGGAAAGAGCUAAUUCUGCAAUCUCUGGUUCUGAAAUUAGCGAGUAUAAGGUGACGAAGAAUAAGAAGAAAAAGAAAAGGAAGAAAACGUCUAAGGCUAGUUCUAUUAUCAGCAGUGUUUCUGGUUCUGUUCUUAGCGAUGAGAUUGUACCGUGGAAGGUUAAAAAUGGAAAAACAAGUUAUGCUCCUUCUGAUGCACAUGUGGAACCACCACCACCACCACGGUUCGAUGAUGAAGAACAACACAACAAUAACAAUGAAAACGUGUUUGCUCAUCAACAUGUUAUUGAUAAUAAUAAUGUUAAUUAUAAUGAUGAUAACCGGAAGGAUAUUUCAUAUGUUAAUACAGUUUCUGAAGCUGCUACAACCGAUACUGAUAUCAAUCAGAAACAGAAAAUUGCAUAUGAUGUUAAGGCCACACCAAAACGUCAUUAUCCGAAAUCUCCAGCGGUGGCGCCAGCGCAGUUUAAGAACUCUCCAAAGCCGCAGUUUAAGAACUCUCCAAAGCUGCAGUAUAAGAAUUCUCCGAUGCCGGAGUAUAAGAAUUCUCCUAAGCCGAAAUUUAUAAGAUCUCCGACUAUGCCGGAACAUAAGAACUCUCCUAAACCACAGUUUAAAAACUCGCCAAUGCCGGAGUAUAAGAACUCACCAAUGCCGGAGUAUAAGAACUCACCAAUGCACCAGGUUAGAAAUUCUCCAAUGCCGCAGUUCAGGAAUUCACCAAUGCCGGAGUAUAAGAACUCGCCAAUGCACCAGGUUAGAAAUUCUCCAAUGCCGCAGUUCAGGAAUUCACCAAUGCCACAGUUUCGAAACUCUCCGGCCGUGUUGCCACAAUUUAGGAAUUCUCCUGCGGUUUCAAAGUUCAACCCUGCUGUGGGAUUUGGCGGUUCGCACAGGGGCACCCCAAUGCAUCCGUUUGGGAAGAUGAAUGGUGCAAUGGAAUACGCGACGCCGAUGAGGUCCAACUUGGCUAACAUGAGGCCGGUUAUAAUGACGGAGUCGGAGCUGGGACCAUCUCCAUCUGAGGUUGCGGCUGCAAUGGCAAGGAAGCCGAUUAUCGAUGAGGAGAACUCAACAGUGGGAGGGUGGAGCUUGGAUGAAAGUGUGGAGGGGUUGCAGUCAAAAUUAGAGAGGUGGCGAACGGAAUUGCCUCCGGUGAUAGACCACGGUGAGUUGUCGAGCUUUCCAACGACGAGCUCAAAGACCAGCCGCCACUCGCGGAGGCACACUGAAGGAGGGUCAGGGAAUGGGUUAUUUUCUUGCUUUAGUAAUAUAUGUGGUGUUGAGUGCUCCGUUGUAUGUGGCGGUGACUCUAAGGCCAAGGCCAAGGCCAUGGCCAAGAAGAAGAAUCGCCACCGAACUUCUUCGACCGAAGACAGUAGCAGCCUUCUGUGA